AUGCGUGCAUCAUCUACUAUUACCAGCACUGCGGCUGCAGUAGCUGCUUUCUCAGGCCUGGCAUCUGCAUUGAACGCCAACGCAAAGACUAACGUCGUCACAUACUGGGGACAGGGUCCUAACCAGGGCAGUCUCCAAGACGUCUGCAAGAACCCCAAUGUCGAUAUCGUCAAUAUUGGAUUCAUCAAUGUCUUCCCCGACCAAGGAGCUGGUGGCUGGCCUGGCUCAAACUUCGGCAAUGCUUGUGGUAGCGAGGUUUACACUUACAAGGGCACAAAGACACAACUCUACUCUAACUGCCCCGACAUUGGUACCGAUAUCGCCAUCUGCCAACAGGUCUAUGGCAAGAAGGUUCUUCUGUCCAUCGGUGGUGGAUACCCUACCAACUACUUCAUCAAGAACGACACUAGCGCUACAAACUUCGCAAACUUCCUCUGGGGUGCCUUUGGUCCUGUCAAGAGCGAGUGGACCUCGACUGGCGGCCCUCGCCCCUUCGGUGAUGCUGUUGUUGAUGGUUUCGACUUUGACAUUGAGAGCGAGCUCUCUUCCGCCCCUGUUGUCAAUGGCAAAGCUCUUACCAACUACAAGACCAAUGGAUACGUCAAGAUGAUCACCACCUUCAAGAACACUCUCUUCCCUCAAGAUGCUGUCAAGCCUUACUACAUCUCCGGUGCACCUCAGUGCAUUGUUCCCGACGCACACUUUGCUGGUGUCGUCGAGAAUGCCUGGUUCGAUUUUCUUUUCGUCCAAUACUACAACACUGCUGCCUGCUCUGCCCGCCAGGCCAUCUCUUCUGGUACCUUCAAGGGCUACAACGACUGGACUGGUGUCAAGUCGAAGAACAACGACCUCAAGCUCUACGUUGGUCUUCCUGGAAGCACUGCUGCUUCAAGCGAUGCUAGCUACUACCUUCAACUUUCCGAGGUCAAGAGCCUUAUUAGCAAGGUUUACAGCAACACCAGAUUCGGUGGUAUCAUGGUCUGGGAGGCUACUUACGCUGCCAACAACGUCAUUUGCAACAGAAACUACCUUACCUGGAUGAAGCAGAUUCUGAACGCUCAGGCUGAUGGCACCUCUCUCAACACCGCUACCAACCCUUGCCCUGCUGCCCCUGUCUCCAAGGAUGGUACUUGCGGUGGCUACAACGGAUACACUUGCGCUGGCUCUGCCUUCGGUUCAUGCUGCUCAAAGUAUGGAUACUGCGGUUCUACAGCUGAUUACUGCAGCACUGCCAACUGCGAACCCAAGUUCGGCAAGUGCGGUACUCAAAUCUCGUCCAGCUCUAGCAAGAAGGUCUCCUCUACUAGCUCUUCAAAGAAGAUUUCGUCUUCCAGCUCCAAGAAGGUUAGCACCAGCUCUUCCGUAAAGGCUUCCUCCACCUCCACCAAGUACACAUCGGUCUCUCGUGCUGGCAAGUUUGCUGCUGGUGACAACAACUCUACUCUCCUCGCUGGUACUGCUCCCGCAUCUGCCAUCAUUGCACCCAUUGGAACUGGAAUUGCCGCCGCUGCUGGGACUGGUGGUCUCAUCGGAACUGGUGUUACCAUCGUUGUCCCUCAAACCAUCUACGGAACUGCUCCUGUUUCUGCCGCCAAGGUCCUUCCUUCAGCCGGCUUCCCUCAGGUCGCUCCUUACUCCAACUCGACCUCUGGCAGAUUUGGCAACGCUGGCGCCAACGCCAACAACGCCAAUGGUGCUGGUGCUGGUGCUGGUGCUGUUCAAAUCAUCGACACUACUGUCUUUGUUACCCGUACUUUCUACCAGACUCAGGUCCAGCAGGUUACCCGUACCAAUGCUCAGGGUGCCGAGACUACCGAGUAUGUGACCAAGACUGUCAACGAGUACACAACUGUCACUCCCGUCUCUACUAGAGUCGCUGCACCCGACUCUGGCAACUCGAAUGUCAACAACGCCAACGGUGCCGGCGAGGUGCAAAUCAUCGAAACCACUGUCUUCGUUACUCGCACUUUCUACCAGACUCAGGUCCAGCAGGUUACUCGCACUAACGCUCAAGGUGCCGAGACCACCGAGUAUGUCACCCAAACUGUUAGCGUCUACACCACUGUCACCCCCGUUGCCACCCAGAUCGCUACCCCCAAGAAGGCCAACGCCGGAAACUCCAACUCUGGCAGCUCUUCUGGCUCAUCGGACUCGACUGUCGCAGACCAAAGUGGAAAGAGCUCCAACGAUGAUACCAUGCCCGCUGCUGCCAACGAUGCGAGAUACAGCGUUGUCACUCAGACCGUCUACAGCACAGCCUAUGUGACCGCCACUAUCCGCCAAUCGGUCGUCACAUACACGACCUCAUACCCCGUGUCCACCCUCGUCAACUACGUACCUACCAACACCAACAGCAUGUCCACCACUACAACAACCGUCAAGACCACCAAGACAUUCACCGACACCGUGCACAUCGCUGCCUCGGCCGCACCCUUCGCCUUCAACAACGCCACUGCCAACAUCUUCGCUCCCAGCGGCACCGCCAUCGUCAACGCCGCAUACACCCCCGCAUCCAUCCAAUCAUCCUCUUCCUCCGCAGCCGCCUCUUCAUCCUCAGCAUCCCAGAUCGUCGUCCUUCAGACCCAGACUGUUGUUGCCGUUGCCCAAGAUGCCGCCAACACUGCUCUUGCCGUUGCAGCCGCUGGCCCUACCGCUGGCCCUACCGCUGGCACUGCAUCCAACAGCCGCAUCUAUGGCUUCAACAGCACAUCUGCUUACGAGCGCUCGGCUAUGGAGUUGGAGAUGAAGGCUGUGGCCAAGGGCGCUGCCGACAAUGUUCACACUGACAUUGGUCUUUGCGUGUUGGCUUUGUUUAUUGGCGCUUUCUUUGUCAUGUAA